AUGAAAGAUGAUAUCUAUGUAAGAGUAAAGGAUGCCAAAUACCGCAUUGCUCGACAAGCAAUCGAGGCAGUGGUCUUUAUUCAUGGAAAAGAUGUUAUUCAUUCCGAUCUAAGCGCUCGUCAAUUCUUGGUAGACAGGAACUACAAUGUCAGAUUAUCCGACUUCGGAGACCGAUCUCUUCGCUCUGGGUCUACAAUCUACGAGAUUUUGCUCGGCAAGAAACCCUACGAAGGAACAGAGGAGGAAGAAAUCCAGCGCCUUUUUUCUCAGAAGACUUUCCCAGCGCUGAGUGGAAUAAUGGAUCGACAGUGGAGUGGUGUCAUUCAAAAGUGCUGA